CAUGCCAUCAAACCUUUUUUCAAAAAAAAAAAAAAUAAUAAAGGGUAGAACCCACAUCAAACUAAAAAAGUAAAGUAAUUAACCAUUUCCUUCUUUCGUACCCAAUAACAUAAAUAUUUGAUCAAUCAACAAAUCGAAAAUCGAAAAUCUUUGAAAACAAAAAAGAAAACACUAUGGAACUAUCUCUAGCAUUAACAUCAACAGAUCAUCAGCAUCAGGUUAACAAUAAUCCAUCACCUUCAGAAGCACAUCCAGACACUAUGGAUUUUCUAUCUCGAGAAUGGUGUAAUUUUGCUGUCCAGUCGCUUCAGCCCGACCAUAUCAUCUACGACCGUUCCAUUGUCCCCGUAGAGACAUCACUCGCCAAGUUUCAAGGCGACUUAAGUCUUGUUCCUUGUGGUAUGGAUAAGAGUAUGAAGAUGGGCGAUGCAGAUUUUAAGCCCUCUAUGCCUUCAUGGAAAACCAAUGAUGUCAAGUCAUGGAUAUGGAUGCAACAAGCAAUGCACCCGGAGUUGAGCUACGAUGGCUUCUUCCACAAGAAACUUAAACUUCCUUGGAAGAUUACGCCAUCCAUAAAGAAAUGGUGGAAAGAGAUUAAGGCCAAACGAAAAGAAGAAGUGAGGCUACAGAGAGCUGAAGUCCACGCCGCCGUUUCAUUAGCCGGUCUGGCUGCAGCUCUAGCCGCCGUAGCUUCAGAGAACGCUGGGAAAGACGGUUGCAAUGGUCGACCAACAACUAAAGAGACAGCCGUGGCUUCUGCUGCGGCUGUGGUAGCGGCGCAGUGUGCUCAGAUGGCAGAGACAAUGGGAGCAAACAGAGACCAGCUCAGCGCAAUGAUUGGUUCCGCUAUGACUGGGACAAGUGUUAGUGAGAUACUCACUCUCACUGCCUCAGCUACAACUUCUUUGAGAGGUGCUGCGACGUUGAAAGCAAGAAGAGGUUGCAAGAUCAAUAGAUUGAACGGCUCUGUGCCUGUGUUACCUAUCGAAGACUCCUCUGAUUUGCUUCCUGAAUUUGACAAGAAUACAUCUCUUCUUGCUAAAGGAACCGAUCUCUCCGUUGAGACACCAGAUGGGGAUUUCAAGGUUAGGACAGUGUCUAUAGUCUUAAACAAGGACAGGAAGGUGAUUCUUAAAAUGAAGAAACAUAACCUGCUCAGGACCAAGAAAGAAUGUAUUGUGACGAAUGUUCAUGUGGAACUUUAUAAAGAUUCGGAGAGCGAAGACAACAACAUAGAAGACACUUGUUAUCUCAUUGUCCUGAAGACGAACAGAGGAGCUAUCAAACUAGACAUGGAGGACGAUUACGGCCGUUACAAGACAUGGGUCACAACGAUUCAACACAUGCUCACUCUCUCUUCUUCUUCUUCUUCUUCCUUCCGUACAAAAUACGAUCUCACUUUCUACAACAAAAACUGAAAUGUUUCUUAGUUUUGUUGUUCAAUUUCUCUAUGUAAUUUACUUUAAUUUGCAUGUUUAUUUUUAUAUCCUCCUCUGUUUCUUUU